GGUUGAGGACAGCAGUAAUGUAAACAAAAAUGGAGCUUCUGUGUCGAGGCUUCAAACUUGUGUAGAUAUUUGGGUCAGUUAAGCGCGUCUGUGAUAUUUCUUGGAGUAUGGCUUCCGUUAAGGUGGCAGUUCGUGUCCGACCCUUCAAUCAAAGAGAAGUGGACUUGAAUUCUCAUUGUAUUGUUGAAGUUGAAGAUAAGAAAACAAAACUCAUUAACAGUAAGAUUAGUCUCGGAGAUGGAGCGGAGGCAAGGGAACGUGUUAAGGAGUUCACAUUUGACUAUUCUUACUGGUCUCAUGCAGAGUCUGACCACCACUUUGCCCCUCAGGUCAAGAUAUAUGAUGACUUGGGAACAGAUGUUGUUUCCAAUGCCCUCCAGGGAUACAAUGCCUGUGUGUUUGCCUACGGCCAGACUGGGAGUGGCAAAACAUUCACCAUGAUGGGCUCCCAGUCCAAUCCAGGACUUAUUCCUAGGAUAUGUGAAGCUCUGUUUUCAAGCAUGGCAGAAGGAAGGGAGGCUGGAACUACUUACAAAGUGGAAGUAAGCUAUUUGGAGAUCUAUAAUGAACGAGUGAAAGACUUGCUAAGACCCGGUGCCCAGAACACCCACUCCCUUCGUGUGAGGGAACACCCCAAGCUGGGCCCAUACGUACAGGACCUCUCUGUCCACUUAGUUCAACAGUACCCCGAUAUUGAGGAGCUGAUGAGGAAAGGAAACUCUCAUCGCACAACAGCCAGUACCCACAUGAAUGACACUAGCUCAAGAAGCCAUGCCAUCUUUACUGUCACCUUCAUCCAGGCCAAACUUAUGUCUGAUGUUCCUCUUGAAACUCGAUCCAAGAUUCAUCUUGUUGACCUUGCAGGCAGUGAAAGAGCCGAUGCAACAGGGGCAACAGGUCAGAGGCUGAAGGAAGGUGCCCACAUCAAUAAGUCUCUAGUGACUCUAGGAUCUGUCAUCAGUGCCCUUGCAGAACAGGCUGCCAAAUCCACCUCAGGAAAGAAUGUCUUCAUCCCUUACAGAGACUCGGUCCUUACUUGGUUGUUAAAAGAUUCUCUUGGAGGGAACUCCAAAACAAUCAUGAUAGCAACAAUAUCUCCUGCUGAUGUGAAUUAUGGGGAGACACUAAGCACAUUGAGGUAUGCCAACCGAGCAAAGAACAUUAUCAAUAAGCCCACCAUCAAUGAAGAUCCCAAUGUGAAGCUCAUUAGAGAACUCAGGGAAGAAAUUCUUAAUCUUAAGCUGCAGCUCCAGGAGACCACUGUUGUUGGUUUAGGGGCCAACAAUGAAAAGGGAAGUAUAAUGGAGACUCUAAGCCAGAAGCAAGCCAAAGAAAAGGAAUUAACUGACCAGUGGACUGAAAGAUGGAGUGAGACGCAUACCAUCCUUCAAGAGCAGAAAACACUGGGCCUCCGGAAAGCUGGUCAGGGUGUGGUGUUAGACUCAGAACGGCCUCACCUUGUCUUGAUCGAUGACAACGUGCUGACAACUGGUGUGACGCUAUACCAUCUCAAUGACAGCCUCACUACCAUUGGCUCUCUCUCUUCUCAGGACAUCAGGCUGGAGGGAGGUGAAGUCUUGGAGGAGCAUUGUACUAUAGAGCUGCAAGAUGGGAUAGCAACACUGGAAUCCAAACCAGAUGCACAGUGUUGGGUCAACUCUCAACUUGUUGAUAAACCAAGUCGACUUACUCAAGGUUGUGUGGUUGUGCUUGGGGGAAGUCACAUGUUCCGAUACAAUGACCCACAAGAAGCAGCAAGGCUGAGGAAGGAAGGAAACAGGAGUCACCUUAACUUGUCCCGGCUUUCUUUCCUGUCUAGAUCUGCCACUGACCUUAUUAGAUCAUGUGAUAAUUUAUCGGGGAUGGAUAGUGAUUUAGAAAAGACUAACUUAGACAGCAGCAAUUUCUCACGGAUUGCAAAGCAGAUGUCCAAAGUAGCAGAAACUACAGACUUGUGUGAAAUAUCAACACAAACCAGCCUUCACACACACAGUCAACCCACAUCACCAUUUGGCAGCCACAAUGGAGACUUUGAUGCCAAUCCUGCACUUAGAAAGUCAAGUUUGACACUUCCAUUGGACGGGAAAAAAGCAGAUGUAGGUGUAGAAACAACUUCCAUCAACUCCACUCCUGCAUCAGACACGUUUUACACAGCUACCUCCGUCCUCUCUCCAGACCCUCAUGAUCUCACCUCACCCUUGUCGCCUCUACCUCUUGAUGUGCCUCGCUCAGGAAAUGUAAAGAAUACUGGAGACUCAAACACUGGUGCUUGUGGUGCCUUGGUUGAUCAACAAAAUGAACCAGUUUCUGAAGUGCCUAAUGAUGAUGCAAGAAAAAUUCAUCCAUCUCAUUAUAAGUGUAAUGAUAGUAAUGUAAGUGCUGUGCAGCCUAGGUCUUUAGCAAAUGAAAUUGAUACCUGUGUUCAAAAAGCUAUAGAAACAAAUGACAAAAGUAUGAGCCACUUAGAUCAAAAUUAUGUUAAAAGUAAGGUCACUCAUAUCCAACAAGAGGUUCUUGGUGCUCUUCUCUUGUCUCCCAUUCCUUCUGUUUAUGAUUCCACCCACUGCCAGACUAUGAAAGGGACAACAGCCUCAACUCCUGUUGAGGCUGAAAAUAACCAUGACCAAAGGAAAAAGGACUCCCAAAGUGUUAGAUCUCGACUUCUUAAUAAGAAUAUUAAGACUGUCUCCAGAUCUUCCUCACCAGAGAUAAAUGAUAGCAAGUCUUCUCCAGAAGUUAAGAUAUUGUCAUUUUCUGACACUGAGAGCUCCCAUCCUUACCCAAGUAAUAUAGAUAAUGGAGUCUCCUUAUCACUUAAUAAUAAUAUGUUUCUUGAUAAUGGAAACACCAAAGAAAAUACGCAAGAUUUUGUAGAUGUCCACAGUGGUUCCCAAUGUAACUCUGGAGAUAAUGAUUUACAGAAGAAUAUCACAGAAGCUUCCUCUGAAUGGUAUCCUGGACUCAGUAUUAAGGAGAAGAGUGAAUUGAUACCACCAGAGGCUGAUAUUGAGAAGGCAGCAGAAGUGUUACUUAGACUUCGAGAGAAGACUGAUGAGGGCAAUGCCAGUAUCAGUGAGCAGAUCCGUGAGCUUGAAGAACUAAAACAGCAUUAUGGUAACUUGGAAGACCAACUAAUUGACAGACAGUCUUUAGAGAGACAUGAUUCUGCAUACAAUGGUUCUGAAGGUGAUCAAGCACAGAAUAUUGAAAGGCCUUCUGAUCUUCCUCUGCCUCUUGACUCAUCCCUGCUCCAGGAGGACAGGUUAGCUCUCCUGAUAGAGCGAGAAGUGCAGAGGCGAGUGCUGGAGGAAGUUGUGGCAAGGGAAAGUGCAGCCAUAAGCUCAAAGCCUCAAUACAGGAAAACAUAUCGGUCCAUGAGUGCAUCAAUGGAUCAUUGGACCUCGGGAAUAAGAGUGUUGACCCCAUCAGAAGUGAGACCAUAUACUUCAAUGAGUGCAGGAUAUGAAAUAGAAGGAGAAAUUGGGAAUCAUUUGUACCAGAGUGCAACAUCUGCUGAUGAUUUACUGCUUACUCCUGGGCCUCUACAGUCUCCUUUAACUGAUUAUGACAUGUCAUGUGGGAUUUGUGUGUGCAUACCUGGGUAUGAGAUGAGAGGUGCUGGUUCAGGAGCUCACUGGGAAUAUGAGGUAAAGAUUGCUGCAGGCAGUGACUCCUGGACUGUUUUCAGAAGAUACAGAAGAUUUAGGGAGCUUCAUAUGUAUAUGUGUCAUAAAUAUGGCCAACUGGUUGAAGACCUCUACUUUCCGCCUCGACGUCUCUUUGGAAACUUUACUGAAAGAGUUGUGGCUGAACGACGUGGGCAGCUAGAGGUGUACUUGCAGCAGCUCAUUGUGCUCUGUAGUGAUUUGGAAGGGUCCCCUCUCUGUGGGGUACCUCCUUCAAGAACAACACUGGCUGCAUUCUCACCAUUCUUUCAGCGUGGUGUCUUCGAAACAUCAAGAUACUCAACUAGUUAGUAUAUUGAAUGAUUUAUCUAGUUUAUUGUCCUGGUAUAUUACUUAGUUAUUUAAUUUGGGGCUUUAAAUGUGAAAAUGGUUAAGAAUAAUUCCAGAGAGAAAGUAUACUCCAUCAUCACCUGUAUUAUUGGACAUUGCUUCCAACAUAAAAACCUCUUCAAAGACGUAAGGUUAGUAUUAGACAUAAUAUACUAGAUUGUAUAAUAUAAAAUUUAUGUAGCAUUUUAUUUAUGAAUAGUUUUGUACAUGUAUAAAAGAAUAUAUAGAUUUUUAUAGUGUGACAUCAGUAUGCCUAAUUUAAGUGAUAGUAUUUUGCAGUACUGUAUUAAAAUGACAAUAACACACUCAGAUGAAAAGCAUUCCUUGUAUGGUUGAUGCUCUAAAAUACUUAUGUAUUUUUGCUUGAAUCUCAGACUAAGAAAGUUUAAAUGUGAAUUUAAUUACAUACAUUAUGCCUUUUUAUUUAUUUCUUUUCUUUUUGAGUGUUGUAUAGCAUUUAGGAAAUCAUGCAGUCCAUAAUCUGUCUUCAUCUUUGUCAUCUUUAUAAUAUGAAGACUUGUGUCCGUCGCUUUCACAAUGUCAUUGUGAUUCUUCCUCUCCUGCUGUGUGUCCAUCAUAUUGUUGUAGAAGCUUAUUCAUCCCUCUC